CAGGUGGUGUGGUCAACAUUUUUUUGAUUAGGAUGAAAGCUCUAAAAAAAAAAAAUUGAGCAGCCAAAGAGGUUUUCCUCUAUAUUAACUGUACGUCAUCCCUCAAAGCAUCUCACUAGAGAGGCAGUUUUGAGGGCUGAAGCAAGUAAGAUAUCCUCUCAUCUAACCAACCUGAGUGGCUUUCUGGCUUCUGUGAGUGACACAAGCCCAGAGUGCAGUGCAGGGAAAUGUGGGUGAAAUGCACUGUGGGGUCUGGAUGGCUGCUGGUCACUCUGUCUCUUGCCAUUGCUUCACACAAGCCAUCUUUCAUCACCAAAAACUGCUACUCCUGGGAUUCUCUGUCCCAAGCCAUCGACACUCUGUAUGUCAAGGCAGCACAGCUCAAAGAGACAGUCCCAGAAGACAGCAUUAAAAAUGUACGAUUAUUAAAAAAGAACACAAAAGAGCUGUUUUUGACAAACUGCAGAUUCCAAGAACAGCUUCUGUCCUUCUUCAUGGACGAUGUUUUUGGUCAACUCCAAUUCCAAGCUUUCAACGAAACUGACUUUGUGGAAGACUUUCAUUGUUUUAGGCAGAAAUUGAGCCGUUGUAUUACCUGUGCUUCCUCAGCCAGAGAGAUGAAAUCCAUUACCAGGAUGAAAAGAACGUUUUAUGGGAUUGGAAACAAAGGAAUCUACAAAGCGAUUGGUGAACUGGAUAUUCUUCUGUCCUGGAUUAAAAAGUUCUUGGAAAGCAUUCCGGAAAUCAAGAAGCCAAGCAUAGAGAUUUGAUAGUUAUUUCAAAAUAGGAGAACCAAUAGAAAUUGAUUGAUGACAUGCUUUUUUUAAAAAAUAGCUUUCUUUCAAUAUAUAUUGCUGAGUGCAAGUUAAAAGAUU